AUGGCCGGAGCUGCUGGCAACCUCCGUGUCUGGGGGAGUUUGGUGCUACUGGGUCUGUCCGGUUGCACUGUGCUCAGGGAGGAUGACACCCGAGUCACCGUGGAUGGACUGGAUCCUGGCUGUUCAUAUGAGUGUUCUGUGUGGGCAGUAAGAGAGGGAGUCAGCAGCUCCAGGGAGACUCUCAAUAUCUCCACAGCUCCAAACCCAGUGAGAAACCUGAGUGUGGAAGCCCAGAACACCAGCUCCAUCAGCCUGACUUGGGAAGUCCCUGCGAACAGCUCCUCCUCCGAGGACCUCACCUACUGGGCCCAGUGCACUAAAGAUGGUGGCCAGAACGAGACCCGGAGCACAACAGACACCCGAGUCACCGUGGAUGGACUGGAUCCUGGCUGUUCAUAUGAGUGUUCUGUGUGGGCAGUAAGAGAGGGAGUCAGCAGCUCCAGGGAGACUCUCAAUAUCUCCACAGCUCCAAACCCAGUGAGAAACCUGAGUGUGGAAGCCCAGAACACCAGCUCCAUCAGCCUGACUUGGGAAGUCCCUGCGAACAGCUCCUCCUCCGAGGACCUCACCUACUGGGCCCAGUGCACUAAAGAUGGUGGCCAGAACGAGACCCGGAGCACAACAGACACCCGAGUCACCGUGGAUGGACUGGAUCCUGGCUGUUCAUAUGAGUGUUCUGUGUGGGCAGUAAGAGAGGGAGUCAGCAGCUCCAGGGAGACUCUCAAUAUCUCCACAGCUCCAAACCCAGUGAGAAACCUGAGUGUGGAAGCCCAGAACACCAGCUCCAUCAGCCUGACUUGGGAAGUCCCUGCGAACAGCUCCUCCUCCGAGGACCUCACCUACUGGGCCCAGUGCACUAAAGAUGGUGGACAGAAUGAGACCCGGAGCACAACAGACACCCGAGUCACCGUGGAUGGACUGGAUCCUGGCUGUUCAUAUGAGUGUUCUGUGUGGGCAGUAAGAGAGGGAGUCAGCAGCUCCAGGGAGACUCUCAAUAUCUCCACAGCUCCAAACCCAGUGAGAAACCUGAGUGUGGAAGCCCAGAACACCAGCUCCAUCAGCCUGACUUGGGAAGUCCCUGCGAACAGCUCCUCCUCCGAGGACCUCACCUACUGGGCCCAGUGCACUAAAGAUGGUGGACAGAAUGAGACCCGGAGCACAACAGACACCCGAGUCACCGUGGAUGGACUGGAUCCUGGCUGUUCAUAUGAGUGUUCUGUGUGGGCAGUAAGAGAGGGAGUCAGCAGCUCCAGGGAGACUCUCAAUAUCUCCACAGCUCCAAACCCAGUGAGGAACCUGAAUGUGGAAGCCCAGAAUACCAGCUCCAUCAGCCUGACUUGGGACGUCCCUGAAAGCAAAUGCAUCUCCUCCCAGGACCUCACUUACUGGGCCCAGUGCACUAAAGAUGGUGUUGAGAAUAAUCCCUCGAACACAACAGACACCCGAGUCACUGUGGAUGGACUGGAUCCUGGCUGUUCAUAUAACUGUUCUGUGUGGGCAGAAAGAGAGGGAGUCAACAGCUCCUGGUUGACUCUCAGUCGCUCCACAGCUCCAAACCCAGUGAGAAACCUGAGGGUGGAAGCCCAGAACACCAGCUCCAUCAGCCUGACUUGGGACAUCCCUGAGAGCAUCUGCAGCUCCUCCGAGGACCUCACCUACUGGGCCCAGUGCACUAAAGAUGGUGGCCAGAAUGAGACCCGGAGCACAACAGACACCCGAGUCACCGUGGAUGGACUGGAUCCUGGCUGUUCAUAUGAGUGUUCUGUGUGGGCAGUAAGAGAGGGAGUCAACAGCUGCAAUGUGACUGUCAGUAACUCCACAGUCCCAGAUACUGUCAACAGCAUCUCCUGUGUCAGCACCUCUGGGGGCUACGGGGUCAUCCUGACCUGGUCCUGCCCAUCUGGGCGUUAUGAGACCUUUGAGGUGGAGGUGGGCAGGCAAUGGAUCUCUUGGAAUAGAUCUUUCUGCGGGAAGGGCGUGUCAGUGUCAGAUCUUGGGCCGGCUCAGUCCUACACAGCCACCAUCACCACUGUCUCGAAUGGACUGAAGGUCCGGUCCAUCUCUGUGACCUGCUACACAGAGAGCGCAGGGGUCAUUGUGGGAGCCAUCAUGGGCAUCCUCCUACUUUUCAUCCUGGUGGGCUUGCUGAUUUUCUUCCUGAAGAGAAGGAGAAAGAAGAGCCAGCAGAAGGAUGCACCGAAGGAUCUGGUGUUCAGCUUUCCAGGGGAUAUCCUAGCCAAGGACUUUGCUGACUAUGUCAGGGAGAACGAGAAGGACAGCAACUGUGGAUUUGCCAAGGAGUAUCAGCAAUUGGCUCUGGAGGGCCAAGGCCAGUCUCAGAGGACAGCAUUGGCUCCAGAGAACACAUCCAAGAACCGCUACAGGAAUGUGCUGCCCUAUGACUGGUCUCGGGUGCCCCUGAAGCCCCUCGAUGAGGAACCCGGCUCUGACUACAUCAACGCCAGCUUCAUACCGGGUCUCUGGAGCCCCAAGGAAUUUAUUGCAACCCAGGGUCCCCUGCCUCACACUGUGCGUGAUUUCUGGCGUCUGGUGUGGGAACAGCAGAGCCACACCCUGGUCAUGCUGACCAACUGCAUGGAGUCUGGACGGGUGAAGUGUGAACAUUACUGGCCUCUGGAUGCUCAGCCCUGCACUCACGGACAGCUGCAGGUGACAAUGGUUAAUGAAGACGUGAAGGAGAACUGGACAGUGAGGGAUCUUCAGCUCUUCCACGUGGGAGAGAAGCAGAUGCGCACUGUGCGCCAGUUCCACUACCUGGCCUGGCCGGAUCAUGGAGUCCCUUACUCCCCGGAGCCCUUGCUGGCUUUCCAAAAGGUGCUUCGGCAGUGGGUGGACCGGACCAUGGAUGGAGGACCUCCCAUUGUACAUUGCAGUGCUGGCGUGGGCCGGACAGGCACUCUGAUUGCACUGGAUGUCCUGCUCCGGCAGCUGGAAUGUGAGGGGCUGGUGGGUCCCUUCAGCUUUGUGAAGAAGAUGAGAGAGAGCCGGCCACUGAUGGUGCAGUCAGAGGCCCAGUAUGUAUUUCUUCACCAGUGCAUCUUGAGAUACCUCCAGGAGUCAGCCCCGGUCCUCAUCCUAAAGGAGGCAACAUAUGAGAAUGUGGCCAACGUCAUCUACGAGAAUGCAGCUGCCAUCAGAGCCCAUGAGUCUGAGGCCUCGGCUACUGGGUGCUGA